UUAAAAAGUGGGCAGGCUGAUUGUUUUGCGCCCGCCUUUCCUUUCAGCAAUGGAGCUAUAAUAGGUUAAAAGAGCUGCUGUCGGCUUUUCUCCCCCAGAAUUCGAGAUCGUUUGAAACUGGUAAUCAAGUGAAAAGAUGUGCAGGAUAACAACGGCUUUACUGGCUUUGCUAAGCUUGAGUUUCUCCUUAGAAUUAAGUAGCUGCCAUGUACGAUGGAGUGCCAUGGGGAGUAUUUUUAGAAGACUAAAAUAUGCUUUGCCAGCACAAGGAGAUCCUGGACAACCACUAUUUCUAACACCUUACAUCGAAAGUGGUAAAACUGAGGAAGGAAGGCAACUAAGCCUAGUGGAACAUCUUCCAGGACCUAAUGUGAAGAGUUAUUCAGGCUAUCUGACAGUCAACAAGACUUACAAUAGCAACCUUUUCUUCUGGUUCUUUCCUGCUCAGGUUCAGCCAGAAAAGGCUCCUGUCUUACUUUGGCUCCAAGGUGGACCUGGAGGAACAUCUAUGUUUGGCCUCUUUGUUGAACAUGGUCCAUAUGUUGUUCAAAAGAACCUCUCUUUGACUGAACGAAAGUUUCCUUGGACCUCUAAAUUCUCCAUGCUGUAUAUUGACAAUCCAGUUGGAACUGGCUUCAGUUUUACAGAUUAUCCGAAAGGAUAUGCAACGAAUGAAGAUGAUGUAGGAAGAGAUUUGUAUAGUGCAAUUGUUCAGUUUUUCCAGCUUUUUCCUGAUUAUCAGAAAAAUGACUUCUAUGCAACAGGAGAAUCUUAUGCAGGAAAAUAUGUGCCAGCCAUUGGAUACUAUAUUCAUAGCAAUAAUCCUACAGCAAAGAUAAAGAUCAACUUCAAAGGUGUUGCCAUUGGGGAUGGUCUUUGUGACCCUGAAGUGAUGCUGGGAGGCUAUGCAGAAUUCUUAUAUCAAAUUGGCUUGGUAGAUGAGAAGCAGAGGAUAUAUGUCCAGAAUCAGAGUAAUCUGGGACAACAAUACAUCCAGCAGAAGAAAUGGAAAAAAGCCUUUGAAGUAUUUGAUACUCUGUUGAAUGGUGAUAAAACUCGAAGCCCUCCUUAUAUUCAGACUGUUACAGGAUGUAGCAACUAUUUCAAUUUCUUGCAGUGCGAAGAGCCUGAAGAUCAGGAAUAUUUUGGAAAGCUAUUAUCGUUGCCAAACAUAAGAAAAUCUAUCCAUGUUGGAAAUUUGACCUUCCAUGAUGGUUCUAUGGUUGAGGAGCACUUGAUUGAAGAUAUAAUGAAGACCAUAAAACCUUGGUUGGCUGUUUUAAUGGAUCAUUAUAGAGUUCUCUUAUAUAAUGGACAACUUGAUAUCAUUGUGGCAGCUCCACUUACUGAACUAUUUCUGCCCACUGUGCCAUGGGGCAAAGUAGAAGAAUACAAAAAUGCUGAGAAAAUUGUAUGGCGAAUAUAUGAUAAAGAUCCUGAGGUUGCUGGCUAUGUACGCCAAGUGGGUGAAUUCUAUCAGGUCAUUGUUCGAGGAGGAGGACACAUCUUGCCUUAUGACCAACCGGAAAGGGCUCUGGAUAUGAUGGAUAGAUUUAUCAUGGGAAAAGGAUGGAAAUAAAGCAGAUAUGGAACAUAAAACCUGAUUAUUGAAAUCCUUUGGAAACUUCUCAAGAGAUUGCAUUGACCAGUAUUGAUCAGAGGAACUGAUGAAGUAUUAGUGGACCUUUUUCCCCAUCUUUGGAAAAUCUAUUUUAAUCUGUAAUUAAGCUAUUCAUCUAAAUUGAAUAUUUUGUUCUCAAAAUAAACAUCACACAUCUCUGUCUCUA